ACCAUGGUGAACCCCCUCACCCGGUGCGUGGAGGACUACUCGCUGCCCCCCUUCGCACAGCUUCGCCCUGACGACAUCGCGCCCGCCUUGCGCACAGCCAUGGCCGAGUUCGCGUCCGACUUAGUGGCCAUCGAAGACGAUUUGGCUUGUCCGGACGCUGAGAUCUCGUGGGAAAGUGUGAUGGAUCGGCUGGAAAUCAUCGACGAUCCGCUCGAGAGGCUGUGGAGUAUCGUGACGCAACUGAUGCAGGUGGUGAAUGUGCCCGAACUUCGAGCUGCCCAUGCCGAUGUGCAGGAAGAAAUCGUUUCACUGCAGAGCAAGCGAGCCCAAAGCCUCGUGGUGUUUCAAGCUAUGACCACGCUGCGACACAGUGCGGCCUACGAGUCGUACACUACCGAGCAACAGCGCAUACUAAAUCGAGCGAUUCAACGAGCGACGUUGCGGGGCGUCAACCUUGUCGACAAUGCCAAAGAUCGCUUCAAUGCGAUUCUUGUCCGCCUCAAGACAUUGAGCACCACACACGCCAACAACGAAUUAGAUGGCACGAGUGCUUAUUCUCUCAUUGUCACAGAUCAAAGUCACCUCGAAGGCGUCCCGUUGUCGACCAAGUCGUUGUUGGCCCAGAAUGCUGUGGCGGCCGGCCACGUCGGAGCAACCAGUGAAAACGGCCCGUGGAAGCUAUCGCUCGAGCUCCCUGUAUACAACCCCGUGAUGAAAUUCUGCUCGAACCGAUCGAUUCGAGAAACGCUGUGGCAUGCCUUCAACGUCAAGGCCAACGCGAACGAACUUGUGGUGGUGGAGAUGCUACAGCUCCGCCACGAGCUAGCCCAAUUGCUUGGGUUUGCAACGUUUGCAGAGCUGAGUUUAGCCAACAAAGUCGCGCCGUCCGUCGACGCGGUGCUCGACACGCUCGAGGAGUUGCGGGACAAGGCACUUCCACGUUCGCAAGCUGAGCUGCGUCUGCUCGAAGAGUUUGCAGCUAGUCACGACCAUCCAUUGCCCCUGCAGCAGUGGGACAUUCCGUAUUGGAUGGAACGAUUGCGAGUGGAAAAAUAUGAUAUUGACGACGACGCGGUCCGCCAAUAUUUUCCCUUGCCCAAGGUGCUGGACGGAUUGUUCGACUUGGUGUCGCAAUUGUUUGCCAUUCAAAUCGAAGCAGCGGAUGGCUUGGAAGAAACGUGGCAUCCUGACGUACGUUUCUUUCAAAUUCGAGCGAUGGACCAGCCUGAGACGCCCGUCGUGGCCCAAUUCUUCUUGGACCCGUAUGCUAGACCUGGCCAAAAGCGGCAGGGAUCGUUCGUGGAGGUGGUGGUUAGUCGCAGCAAAGUCCUCCGCACUGCCAAAGCCCCCGUGCGACUUCCCGUGUUCUCGAUUGUGCUCAAUCAGACACCUCCAGUGGGGGACACGCCCAGCUUGAUGACGUUUAACGACCUAGCGUUGCUGUUUGGGCGUGUGGGUAUCGGGCUGCGUAUUGCGCUCACGUCGGCCGAGUAUACGGCGGCGUCGGGGAUGGAGGGCAUUGAAAUGGACGCGCUCGCGGUGCCAGUGGCGAUGAUGAAGCGAUUUUGCUACCACAGCGACUUUAUCCAGAGCAUUUCGAGCCAUUACCAAACCCACCAGCCCCUUCCACAAACGGACUUGGACAAGAUUGUCGCUGCCAAACGAUUCAUGGCGGGCACGACACUAACACGGCAGCUCAGCUUAGCUGUCAUAGAUCUGUCCGUGCAUCACCAUCAUGGAACCUCGGCCACGAUUACUGCCGACUCGACAGACGCGCUGGUGGAAAAGAUCAAACAUGAGUUCAGUGCCUUGCCCGAGGUACACGCACGGGACUACAUGCUGUGCCAUUUUCGGCAUAUCUUUCACGGCGAAGUGGAGGCUGCGUAUUACAAGUAUAUCUGGUCUGAAAUCCAAGCCCACGACGCUUAUGCUUGCUUUGAAGACACACAAGGCGACCUCCCCGCUUGGAAAGCCAAUGGCAAGCGGUUCCGAGAUACGAUCUUGGCCCUCUCGGGAGUCCUCCACCCCACAAAGGCGUUUGAAUUGUUUCGAGGUCGAAAACUGCACACACAUGCAAUGCUGGAGCAAUACGGGCUGCUAUAAGAGUAUAAUAUCCGACAUUCAUACUUGGUCGUUC